CUUUCUCCUUCUCAGAAACGAAGGCAACAGCAAAAGCACAACAGCUAUACCCGGUUCAAAUUCGAACUUGGAAAUCGAUUAAGCCCCUUGUGUGUUUCUGGAUUCUGUGAUCCUUCCGGCAAUGGACGUCAAAGGAAGAGGAAGCGCCUCCCCCACUCUCCAAGCCGACGUCGUCGACGACCUCGACCUCAGGCGAGGCCCUUGGACGGUCGAUGAGGACCUCACCCUCAUCAAUUACAUCACCACUCACGGCGAAGGUCGCUGGAACUCUCUUGCCCGCUCCGCUGGCCUCAAACGUACUGGCAAGAGCUGCAGAUUGAGGUGGCUCAACUAUCUCCGCCCCGAUGUUCGACGUGGAAAUAUCACACUGGAAGAACAGCUUCUGAUUCUCGAACUUCAUUCUCGCUGGGGAAACAGGUGGUCCAAGAUAGCCCAGUUUUUGCCGGGAAGAACCGACAACGAGAUCAAGAAUUACUGGAGAACCCGCGUCCAAAAGCAUGCCAAACAACUCAAAUGUGACGUGAAUAGCAAGCAAUUCAAGGACACUAUGCGCUACCUUUGGAUGCCAAGGCUGGUUGAGCGCAUUCAAGCAGCUGCCGCCACGGCUGCCACCGCCACGACAACGGCAAGUUCUCAGACGUUAUCUGCCGCCACAACCGGCACCACAAACUCCACAUACAAUCCUUAUUAUAAUAACAACAUGGAAGUUGAGAAUGGGAACAUGCUCAUGAACCCGGCCCCCAUCAUGAAUAAUAAUGACUUUGGAGGCUCACAGGUCACUCAGAGCUACACGCCGGAAAACAGCAGCACAGGUGCUUCAUCGGACUCGUUCGGAACACAGGUUUCGCCUGUGUCGGAGUUGACUGAUAUUUACAGUACCGUCCCUAAUCAGGAUUACUACCAACCCUCUCAGAUCAGCUACUCUGAUUGCAUCACCAGCCCAUCCGGGUUAUACCCUCAAGGAUUGGAUUAUACCCAGGUGAUGGAGCCGAGCAACCCGUGGAUUCAGGGCGGGGACACGUUAGACAAUUUGUGGAAUGUUGAGAAUAUGAUGUUUUUACAGCAGCAGCUCAACAGCGACAGCAUGUAAAAACUCGCAAUUAUAGGAGAUCAGAGGGGAGAAAUCCAAACACCGAAAAUUAUUCGGGUGGGGGAGGCAAAUUGAAAACAUGAAAUGGAAUAAAAUUAUAUGUAGGAUACUUAUAGUUUAAUUUUGUGGCCAACUUAUAGGUAUGAUAGCAACUGUGGAUUAAUCUUCGGUUUUAGCUUGGCGUUUAAUUUUCCUUGUUUUAGAUGGGGAGGGGGUACAUUUGUAAUUUGAUAUUUCAUUCAUUGAAAUUAUCUAACUUUGUUUU